GUCAAAGUAAGGUAAUAAAGUCUGUCCGUGCGCGCUAUCCAAACACGAAAUCCUUUCCAAGUCCGAAAGUGCUUGUCCGCGACUUUAGUCAUAAAGUGGGAAAGCAAAGCCUGGUUCGAUUAUUGUCGACCAAACUAGUUCGUGAUUAGUGCUAUAAGACGGUGCUAAACUUAUGCUUAAGUAAAAAGCGAAGAUAGAAUCGUUUACAGUACUCUACGGUUUAUAUCUUACUGAUUGCCGUUUCAUUACGGCGAAGAAACAACCUUCGGUCCAGCGAACAAACCCUGUGGGCGUCAACAUUGGUCCUUCGAGCCAGAUCGAAGGAUACCCCGGUCAGAAGGAAUUAAGUGAACGUAGUUUACGUCAAAAGCACGAGAAAAAGUUAACCGAUUUGAGCGUAGUGAGGAAAGAACUGAUAGCCCAUUGUACUGGAGUAGAACAUUUUGUUAAGCACUACGAAGAAAAUCGUGAUAGUUGUCAGAUUUCUGUUAGACUUGAAGGACUGGACAGAGUGUAUCGAGAAUUCCUCAAGGUGCAAGCGGAAAUAGAAAAGUGCGAUGAUGCGGAGAAUUUGGACACGCAUCUAGUGGAACGAGUUGGGUUUGAGGCCAGAUAGUGUGUAGCUAAAGGUUUUCUGCUAUCCAAGCGUGCAGAGGAUCACAACCAAAGUGUGCUCAAUACAACAGCAGCUGUUCCGGGUAACUUCCAUCUUCGAUUGCCACAAAUUGAUCUUCCCAAAUUCGCGGGGGAUUUCUCGAAGUGGCUAUCCUUUCGGGACACCUUCACAUCGAUGGUGCACUCGAACGCCGACAUUCCAAAUGUAGCCAAGUUGCAGUACCUGAUCCAGUCCCUCGAAGGAGAGGCACGUAAACCGAUGGAGACCGUAGACAUCGAAGCCGAUAACUAUGGUGCCGUCUGGGAGGCCCUACUCAAAAGAUCACUUUUCCAACAAUCUCACCAUUAGGGCCGGUAUCAAAAAUCAAUGUUCUGGUACUAUCUCGCUUGUUUCAUUAUAGUUUUCGUGGUAUUUCUAUAUCUGGAUUGCAUCAAACCACCAAAUUUCCCACCGGGCCCAAAAUGGUACCCAAUCAUCGGAAGCGCUUUAGAGAUAGCGCGUACCCGACAGAAAACAGGAAUGCUGUGCAAAGCUAUAAAGCUGAUUGCUUCAAACUACGAUCACAAGGGAGUGAUUGGUUUUAAAGUUGGCAAAGACAAGACUGUUAUGGCUAUCUCUGGCGAUUCGUUGCGUGAAAUGAUGAACAAUGAGGAUCUCGACGGAAGGCCGACUGGAAUAUUCUAUGAAACGCGUACCUGGGGUCUGCGUAGAGGUGUUUUACUGACCGACGAAGAGUUUUGGCAGGAACAAAGGCGCUUCAUAGUCCGCCACCUGAAGGAGUUUGGAUUUGCCAGGAAGGGAAUGGCCGAAAUCAUUGGAAAUGAAGCCGAAUUCGUGAAAAACGAUUUCAAUGCGAUGGUGAAAGCUGGAAACGGUUCGGCACUUGUACGAAUGCAAAGCGUUUUUUCGGUGUAUAUCCUGAACACACUAUGGUUGAUGAUGGCUGGAAUUCGAUAUACCAAAGAAAAUAAAGAUUUGAAAUAUCUCCAAUCGCUACUACAUGAAUUGUUCGCCAAUAUUGAUAUGAUGGGUGCACUAUUUAGUCAUUUUCCGUUCAUGCGAUUUUUCGCACCGAAACUUUCUGGUUACAAGCAAUUUGUUGAUAUACACAAUCUUAUGCACAAGUUUAUUGGAGCGGAAGUGGAGAAUCACAAACAAUCUUUCAAUGAGACUGACGAGCCACGUGAUUUGAUGGAUGUCUAUUUGAAAAUGCUGCGAUCUAAUCGAGAAGUUCCAGAAAGCUUUUCGCAAGAGCAACUGUUAGCAGUUUGUUUAGAUAUGUUCAUCGCCGGCUCGGAAACCACUACAAAAACAUUAGGAUUCGCAUUCCUGCAUCUGGUGAGGCAACGUGAGACGCAACUUAAAGUACAAAGGGAAUUAGAUGACGUCGUAGGACGAAAUCGCCUUCCAACGUUAGAGGAUAGAGUGAACUUGCCAUACUGUGAAGCAGUCGUGCUUGAAGCCCUGCGUAUGUUCAUGGCGAAUACCUUUGGUAUUCCCCAUCGAGCCCUGCGAGAUACAAAGCUAUGCGGAUACGAUAUUCCAAAAGAUACAAUGCUAGUUGGAAUGUUUCGCGGUAUGAUGUUGAAUGACUGGGAAUCACCAACACUCUUCAAACCGGAGCGGUUUUUGAAGGAUGGUAAAAUUGUCAUUCCUCCCAACUUCCAUCCGUUUGGCGUUGGUAGACAUCGCUGUAUGGGCGAGAUGAUGGGCAAGGCCAACCUUUUCCUCUUCAUUACAACUCUCUUCCAAUCCUUUGAUUUCUUAGUGCCAGAAGGGGAUCCUAUUCCGUCCGAUGAGCCGAUUGAUGGAGCUACGCCAAGUGUUAGGCAGUACACAGCAUUGAUUGUUCCUCGAUAAUUUGAACACAAGACUUACAUAGCUUUAAGACACUGUAAUAUAAACCAAAUUAUGACCAUAAAACUUGUUCUCAGUAUUAAUAAAUUGAUUAU